AUGACAGCUUCCUCGGGCUCCAGCCAGUAUCUCUCCCCCUCGAGCACCUCUUCCUCGAUCCCGCCCUCGCCGAGACUCAGCAUAGUCACCUCUUGCUCGUCCCUCUCUUCGAUCUCGACGUAUUCCGAUCGAGAUCACCCCAACGCCUUCCACCAUCUCCCGACGCCCCUCCCAUCACCCUCGCACCAGCAUUCCCCGCUACCCUCGUCGAAGACUGACGCUUUCUUCUCCACCCCUUACUCUUCCAAAACCGAGUCGUUCUUCUCGCAGCCCUCCUCGUCCAAGACCGACGCCUUCUUCGGGUCUCCCUUUUCCCGCCCACCCACGCCCCCACCUCCGACCCCUCCACCCAAGGACGACUCGAAUCAGGUAGAGCCAAAGACCAAGGGCCUGGACCCAGAGGCUACACCGACCCCGGAGAACCACGCCAAUGAGUCCUUCUUCGCUCCGCCCAUCUCAAGCCACCCGCCACCCGCGAGUUGGAAGGCCAAGCUACCUUCGCUCUCACGUAUCUUGCCGGCUCGAGACGAUGACGAGGAGAACAAAGUCGAGGCCACCCUUGCUCGUCUGUUCCCUACAAAAUACAAGGCGAAGCCGGCGUCCCUGCACGUCCGCGAAUUCCAUGACGUAGAAGGCCUACCGUCCGCCUCUUCCCCAGAGUCAACUCACCAUUCUGCACUCCCAUCUCCGCCGCCAUCGGAACCUUCGAGUGGUUUCCUCUCGCCUGGGUCCUCUGUCCAGUCCCCCGAUCCCGACGCCCCGCUCGAACUCGAGCUGAUCAAGCCUCUCGGCUCCGGCGCAUUCUCCUCCGUCUGGCUCGCCAAGCCAACCGACAGCACGCACACAUACCUUUGCCGCUCCCUGAGCAAGCGCAAGACCACCUCCCGCGCGUCGUCCAUGCGGCUGCGCCGGCGCAUCGCGGGCGUCCGACCGAAGGUCCAGGGCGAGGUCAGCAGGGGCGGCUCCGUAUACUUGCGCGCGGACGAAGGCGGCGCGGAGAAGAAGCGGGGGCGGUUAGUUGCGGUCAAGCUGACGACCCGGCGGGAUGGGGAGGUGAACGAGAGGACGCGGGUGAGCUUCGUGAGGGAGGUGGAGGUGCUAAGGCACAUAUCCCACCCCUCGAUUAUCAGUUAUCUAUCAUCCUUCUCCACUCCGACACAUCAUGUACUCGUCCUUGAGUAUGUCGGCGGAGGAGAAUUGUUCGACAUCGUCAACGAUGACGAGAAACAUGCGCGGCUGACAGAGUCCACGCUCUGGAGGAUGUGGGGCGAGCUCUGUAAUGCAGUCGGAUGGAUGCACAGCGUCGGCCUUGUGCAUCGGGAUAUCAAGCUUGAAAAUAUCCUUCUAACACAGUCGUUCCCGUUCCCAUCGCCGUUGCCGUCCGAUCAGCCUCUGAUCAAGUUAUCGGACUUUGGCCUGAGCCGCUUUGUGGAUCUGGACAACCCGCUCUUGACCACCAGGUGCGGCAGCGAGAGUUACGCAGCGCCAGAAGUGGUCAUGGGAAGACCCUAUGACGGCCGCGAGACGGACGCAUGGGCACUCGGCGUCGUCCUGUACGCCGUCGCGUGCCGACGAUUGCCGUUCGACGGUCCUGCAGACUUGUCGCGCGAAGGUGGCGCGAGGAUGGGCAGGAAGUGGGCUAUGCGGAUCGCCAAGGGCGAGUACGAGUGGCCUGCUGACGAGGUCAAGCAGUCGGACGAGGAAGGGGAACUGACAGGCGCCUCUCUUGCUAGCAGCGAGCGUGUCAGGAAGGUCGUCGGACGACUCCUGGUCAGGGACCCUGCGCGGCGCGCGAAGGUCUCCGAGGUCGGCAGCUGGGAGGCUGUCGUGAUGUCUCCCAGCUCAGAUGCGGAGGAGGACGCUGAAGAGGAAUGCGACGCCGACUCCGACAAGGCCGAGGAGGACUGGGCCGGGAGCGAUGACGAAGAUUUCGGGUACGGGUACGGCGAUGAAGGCGUACUCGUGGACGAAGACUCCAUCUCGGAGGUGGCGCGGGAGGAGGUGCGCUGA